UCACCUAUCAUUCAAGAAAUGACAAGGAUUUAGAGGUUAGCUUCCAGGAUCCUGGACAAAGGCCAGAGCCCUUUCUGGAAGUCAAAUUCCUUAUUCCACAUUUAUAUGUAUCCUUCCAGAGGUGGUCGACUAUACCCGAGCAGGAAAGUACAUCGGUGAUGUAAAUUGCUGGAAGUGGAAAUGCUGGAUGGAGUCAAUAGGUUGCUGUGCAGUGUAUGGCCCAGAGGAAGGCAGAAUGGAGGAGGUGGGGACCAGCAAGGAGACAGGAGGUGUAGUCCUGGCACAGGAUGAUGAUGGCGCCUUGCAUUGGAGCAGUGGCAGUGGGAUGGAGUGACCUGGAUAGAUUUCAGAGCUAUUUGGAAGGCCCUGACCGUCCGGCAGGGGAGGCUCAGGACUCUGCUGACCUCAGCACUGUGGCCGCAAUGAGCCAGGGAGCCUCUUUCAGCCUCCUGCUCCUGGUGCUGCAACUGGGGCUGCUCCCAGCAAUCACUCAGGGAAAGGAAGAGGUGCUGGGUGAGGCAGGGGGCACCGUGGAGCUGCCCUGCCAAGCUUCCCAGGGUAAGGACCUGGCCUUCACCUGGAAACAUUCGAAUGGGACCAAGAUUCUGGGAAGACAGAACUCCUUGCUGUUUACAGGUUCCUCCGGGCUGAAAAACCGCGUUGAGUCCAAAAAAAGCCAGUGGGACCAGGGACACUUUCCUCUGAUCAUCAAGAAUCUCGAGGUGACAGACUCGGGGAUUUACAUCUGUGAAGUGGACAAGAAGGAAGAGGUUCAGCUGCUGGUAUUCGGAUUGACUGCCAACCCGGGCGUCCGCCUGCUGCAGGGGCAGAGCCUGACCCUGACCUUGGAGAGACCCUCUGGGAGCAACCCCUCAGUGCAAUGGGAGGGUCCAGGCAAUAAAAGCAAGAGGAAGGUGGAUGAGGCCAAGAGCAGCCUCUCGGUGUCCCAGCUGGGGCUCCAGGAAAGCGGCACCUGGACCUGCACCGUCUCCCAGAACCAUAAGACGUUGAAGCUGCAGGGGAAAAUCUUGGUGCUGGCCUUCCAGGAGGUCUCUAAGACAGUCUAUAAGAAAGACGGAGAGCAGGUGGAGUUCACCUUCCCACUUACCUUCGGAGAUGAAAACCUGAGCGGGGAGCUGAGGUGGCAUGCAGAGGGGGCUUCUUCUCCCCAGGCCUGGGUCACCUUCUCCUUGAAGGACAAGAAGGUGUUGGUGAAAUGGGUUAUCCAGGACCUCAAGCUCCAGAUGGGAGAGACGUAUCCGCUCCGCUUCACCCUGCCCCAGGCCCUGCCUCGCCUUGCUGGUUCUGGAAACCUGACCCUGAAUCUCGCCAAGGGAAAGCUGCACCGGGAAGUGAACCUCGUGGUGAUGAAAUUGACUUGGCACCAGAGCAAUUUGAUCUGUGAGGUGUCGGGACCCACCUCCCCCAUACUGACGCUGAGCUUGCAGCUGGAGAACAGUACAGUGAAGGUCUCCAAGCAGAAGAAACUGGUGGUGCAGGUGCUAGACCCCGAGGCAGGGAUGUGGCUGUGUCUACUGAGUGACAAGAGCCAGGUCCUGCUGGAAUCCAAGGUCGAGGUUUUGCCCACGGUGGUGACCCCCAAGGUCCAGCAGAUGUUCCUGGAGAUCGGGCUGGGUGGAGGUGCAGGCCUUCUGAUUUUCAUUGGCUUGUGCAUCUUCUGCUGUGUCAGGAGCCGGCACCGGCGGCGCCAGGCAGAGCAGAUGUCUCAGAUCAAGAGACUCCUCAGUGAGAAGAAGACCUGCCAGUGUCCCCGUCCCAGAAGAUGAGCAGUGUCAUCUGAGGCACCAGGCUGGGGAGCUUCCUGCUUCCGGCCUCCCAGGCUGUCUGAUGCUCCCGUAUUUCCGGUUGCACUCUGGGGGCUGCGGACAAAUGAAUGUAGCCGAUCCCAGCACCUCUGGACAUCUCUUCUUCCUCUCCUCAUCCACAGUUUGCCUCUUCUGUUUCUUCCUUUCCAUUCCCAACUCCUUGGUUAGGCCUCAACCCUGUUACCUGGGUCUUGCUCUCAGCCUUUUCAAGCCAUUUCUUCCCCCACUUCCUUUUCACUUGAGUCUUAGCCCUUCUUUCAUUUCUUCCUCUGGACCCCCUCUCCUUGCCCAUGUGGACCCCAGGGGAGUAUGCAGGACCAGCCCUGCCUGGCAAGGAAGGCAAGGCUGGGUGUCUGGAAACAUGAAGUACAGGACUGUCCCUUUAUAAGAGAGGACCCUGAGACCAGAGAGGGCAAGGAUGUGCCCAAGAGCACACAGCCAGUCAAGGACAGAUCCAGGUCCAAAGGCUCCUGACUGCUAGCCUCUACCGCCCCACUUCUCACCUCGCCCCCACCGGAGCACAGUCAGGCAACCCUGGAGACACCCGCCGUGUGCACAGUACACAGACACAAUCCCUUUUCACCCAAGCAGUGUCUCUCAGUUUAUAAGCCAGUUUCAUACCCACUGUCUAUUGAACCUUAUGACAGUCCUACAAAGCUGACAGUGACAGGACCAUUAUUAUCUCCAGUUUAUAAGGCAGAAAGGGAACUCGGGUUAGCAGACUGACCAAGAUCAUCUAGCUGGUAAGUGCCAGGGUUGGGACUCACCCAGGUCUAUUAACUCCCAGUCCAGUCCCACUGCUGUUUCUCAGAUGCAGGGACAAAUAUCACACAGACUGAUGCAGUUGGCUAAGAAGACCUCUGGAUUCACGGCCGCAAGCCACCCACCCAGAGGGCAGAGCACAGAGAAAGGUCUCCUGCCUAAAACCCCUCCUUCACCACCUGCAGGUGGUAGACUGUUACCAAAGUACAAGCCUGCAGUGUCCUGAUCAGAGCAUAGGCUGAGAGCAGGCGCCCUGUGGGAGACAGUGCCAGGGCUCCACCACUCACCUCAUGCAGAACCUUCUGGAUGGCAAGCUUUGCCAGGGGGAGGGGGCAGAGAGCUAGCCUGACAGUGAAGUCCCUGAGGGGACCCCAACGAAGGGUGAAAGCUCUGAGACUCAGUGCCCCUGCCCCGUACCCUAUGAAACGUAACCCUCCCCGCAAACCACCCAAGACAAGGGACUCACAGGUUAGAAUGUUCCUCCUCCUCUUUCUGAUCUUUUCCUCUCAGAACCCUCAGCCUCCCUCCCUACUUCUCUCUUCCCUUCCUCACCGCCCCCUCCCCACUCCCAACACCUUUUCCAUCGUCCUGCCGCCUUCUUUCUUUCCAGCUUGCCUCUUCUAGGAAGGCCACCUAUUACUUCCAGGGCUCCCCACUGCCUACUUUGUAGCCCCGCCCACUCCCAUUCCUGCCUCCUCGAGCUGACAGAAAAAUACAAUAAACUUACUAUAAAGAUGUUUUUCAUUC